UAGACUUGUAAACAUCAACCAACAACAUGAAAUUCAUCGUCGCUUUCGCCGCCCUCGUUGCCGUAGCUUUGGCUGCUCCACAACACGAAGACAAGGAUGCCCACAUCGUAAAAUUCGACUCUGACAACAUUGGAGUUGAAGGAUACAAAUACGGAUACGAAACCAGCAACGGAAUCGCUGCUUCUGAGGAAGGACAAGUAAUCAACGCCGGUACCGAGAACGAAGCCAUCGCCGUCAGGGGUGAAUUCAAAUACGUUGGCCCAGAUGGUGUCACCUACACUGUAACCUAUGUAGCUGAUGAGAACGGUUUCCAACCACAAGGAGCUCACAUCCCACAACCAGAACAAUAAAUGCACCUAUUUUCCUCAAUUUGAUCUUGAUUAU